AUGAGUGAGAUACCAAUGUGUUUAUUUAUUGCUUGCUCAACCAGAGAUAAUACUAGUCGAGAAUAUAUUUAUACCAUCUUAAAAAAUAGGUUGUUAGGUAGUCAUAUAUGCAUUGAUACUAACAUAUUAGAUGUACCAACUAAUUUAAAAUUUUGUUCCUUUGAUGAUUUAUUGAAGUGUGCAGAUGAUUUACAAAAAUAUGAUAGUUAUGCUUAUGGAUGUUUAAAAAAAAUUGAAAAAAUAGCUAAAGAAUAUGAUGAAAAUAUUGAAUUAAAAAUAAUAUACCAGAGACAACAUAUAAAUAUAGAUCAAUAUAUAAGGCGUUUUAGUUGGGAUGAUGCAAAAUAUCCAAGAAAUAGAUCAUUAACUGAUACAGUUGAUAUCAUGAUUAAUAAUAUAACGAAACUAUCAGAUGAAAUACAAAUUAAAUCAAGCAUGCUAAAUGAUUUAAAAGAAAAAAAGAAGAAAGAUAUACCAAUAAGUGAUUCUAAUAAUUUUUUAUUAAGAAAUUUAAAUGAAAUUUUAACUCCACAAACAGUAAGUGAAUCAGAUUUUAUAGAAACUGAACAUUUAACAACUUUAGUUGCAUGUAUUCCAAAAAAUUUAGUUGAAGAGUGGAAGAAUACUUAUGAAAAAUUUUGCGAAUAUGUUGUACCUAGAUCAACAGAACAAUUUAAAGAUUUAGUUGACAAAGAUGGAAAUACUUUGUGGAAAGUAUUAGUUUUUAAAAAAUAUGCAGAAAAUUUUAAACAAGCUGCAAAAUUAAAAAAAAUUGUUGUAAAAUCAUUUAAAUAUGAUGAAAAACAAUAUAAUGAUAUGAUGGAAACAAGAACAAAAAUUGAAGCAGAAAUUAUUAGACAAGAAACAUUUUUAAGAAGAAUGUGUUUAGCUGCUUUUUCAGAUAUUUUUAUCGCUUUUAUUCACAUCAACAUUUUAAGAGUUUUUUGUGAAUCUGUUUUAAGAUUUGGUGUUCCUCCCAAUUUUGCAUCCUUUAGUAUAAGAAUAAAUGGAGAAAGCAAGGAAAAGAAAGUACGAAAAAAAUUGUAUGAUAUCUUUUCAUCAACUGAUUCAAUUGGGAAAAAUUAUAUCAAAAAAUCAGAUGAAAAUGAUGAAGAAAUAUAUCCUUAUGUUUCUGUAUCCUUUAAAAUAUAA